UGAGGAUCUUUCAAAAUUUCGAGUGGAGGCAACUGAGCCUGAAUGCAAUGACCUGGUUCUCCUUUUGGACACUGUUUGAAAUGUUGAUGUACUUAAUGUUUAUUACGUCUGUAUUUCUUCGAUUAACAAUGCCAGCUGGGAGUUUUCAUAAUGCACGAAUGAUGUAUGCAGUAACAUUAGGAACAUUUAUCAUCAACAGCAUGCAGUUUUUUCUUGUUUCCAAACAAAUUGGACCGAAAGUUAUUAUGAUUGGAAGAAUGAUGUUCGACGUCAUUUUCUUCAUCUUAAUAUUUGCUGUGUUUUUAUUUGGCUUUGGAGUCAUUUACCAAGCAACUAUGUACCCAAAUACAGAACCUGGAUUUCCACUUUUUCAGAAUAUCAUUUUUUUGCCAUACUGGCAGUUGUAUGGAGAAUUGUUCCUAGAACAAUUUUACGGAGCACUACCAGACGACUGUACUGAAAAUAUAGAACUAUACAGUAAUGGGACUAUGGAUAGAUGUCCUGAAAGAAACCAGAUAAAUACAUUUGUACUGGCUGUUUACAUGGUGGUAACACAUAUAGUUCUGGUAAAUCUUCUAAUUGCUAUGUUUACACAUACGUUUACAAAAGUUCAAGACAACAACGAACUGGUUUGGAAAUUCCACAGAUUUUCGCUCAUUGAGGAGUAUUAUGAUAGAUCGUCUUUGGUACCACCAUUUAUUAUCCUUAGUCAUCUCAGGACAUUUAUUUUGCACAUCAAAAAUCGAUGUACAGGAAACAAAAGAAAAAACAAGUUCAAAAUUACGGGCAAGGAUGCAGAAAAUGAAAAAUUAGCUAUUCUAGAAAAAGAUGCAGUAUACAGUCAUUUGAAUUCGUCAACUCGAUUACGGAGACGUCGGGCCAAAAAUAUGGAUGCUGAAAAGGACGGGUUUGAAGCUAUUUAUGAAAAAGAUACAGAACUCAGCUUGCAAGAACAAAUUCACGUUUUGUCGUCUGACGUAGAUAUAAUGCAGAAGGAUUUAGAGGAGACGUUGAAGACUGUUAAACAAAUAAUGACGCUAAAACAGAAUGUAUUGAUAGUAGAGGUUCCUAGAGGUUUAAACAGUUAAAAUAUUAACCAAUGAAAGUAGA